UCAAGCCGGUUUGAAGUCCUCUGCAGAAGGCGAGGUGGCGUGUUGUCUGCUGUACAGCCAGGUGCUGCGUUGCAACGGGUAGCAUGGCAGCGGUGCUCUUUCGACUCAUUCCGAGGGAUUUCAGGCUCGUUCCUCGAGAAGUCCGGCACCAAGCGUCCAAAUGGCAUUUGAGACGAAAUCUGCAUGUCUCACGCACUGCAAGCAGUAUUCCACGUCGUCCGGUGGCAUCACACGUGCGAGCCCGUCUGCCUGCAUUACGGCCCUUGCACACCAGCCCGUGGCUUCAGGAAGUUGUGGCAUUCAAGCUCUCUGACAUCGGCGAGGGUAUCAGCGAAGUGACAAUCAAAGAAUGGUACGUCAAGCUCGGCGACACGGUCAAUCAGUUUGACAGCAUCUGUGAAGUGCAGAGCGACAAGGCGUCAGUUACUAUAACAAGCCGCUACGAUGGCCGAAUCAAGAAGCUGUACCAUGAAGUCGAUGACAUCUGCAAGGUUGGGUCUCCGCUCGUCGACAUCGAGGUUGACGACGACUCCCUGAGUUCGUCGGAUGAUGAUGAAGUCCAGGACCAGGACAUCAAAUCUCAGCGCAGUGAUGAACAGUCCUCGGCGCCCGUAACCAGUGAGCCUGGUGAUGGACAAGGAGACAAAGUGCUCACAACGCCUGCAGUUCGUCGGAUAGCCAUGGAGAACAAUAUACGUCUUACUGAUGUUACGGGCACUGGCAAGGAUGGACGUAUCCUGAAGGAAGAUGUCCUGCGCUACAUUGAGCUCAAGCAGGCACCAAAACCAUCAGCACCAGCGAAGGCAGCUACACCUGCAGCUGCUUUGAAGCAGGCAGCACCGACGCCAGCUCCAGUCCCUCAGAAGCCAGUUACAGUCAAGACCCUGAGAGCUGUUGAAGACCGUGUUGAGCAGGUGAAGGGUAUCCGUAAAGCCAUGGCCAAGACUAUGGCACAGUCUCUGGCCAUCCCACACUUUGGCUACUGCGACGAGAUCAACGUUACGCGACUUGUGGAGCUGCGGCCAGUACUCAAGCCACUUGCUGACCGCAUCGGCGUACGGCUGUCCUUUAUGCCUUUCUUUGUGAAGGCACUGUCCGUGUCACUGUUCGAGUACCCCAUCCUCAACGCUUAUGUGGAUGAGAAAGUUGAGAAUAUCACGAUUAAGGGCUGCCACAAUGUUGGCAUCGCCAUGGACACCCCAAAUGGCCUUGUGGUACCCGUUGUGAAGAACACGGAGUCCAAGAACAUCAUGGAGAUUGCUGCCGAUCUCAACCGGCUCCAGAAUUUGGGUGUGGCAGGGCAGCUGCAGCAGGAUGAUCUCUCUGGUGCCACCAUCACGUUGUCCAACAUUGGCGCGGUUGGUGGAACUUAUGCCAAACCUGUCAUUGCUAGACCAAUGGUGUGCAUUGGAGCAAUUGGAACAAUUCAGAAGCUGCCACGAUUUGAUGCCAACGACAAUGUAAUAACGGCGCACAUCAUGCAAGUCAGUUGGUCUGCCGAUCACAGAGUCAUCGACGGUGCAACUAUGUCACGCUUUUCGAACUUGUGGAAGAUGUACCUGGAGACACCUGCGAUGAUGCUGGUCCACCUCAAAUAGACCUCAGUUAUUGUGCAAAUGUACAGUCUGUGACUGUUCACAAAAUCAAGGAACAGUCCUGGACUGGAUGGCAUUGC